CAAAAACAUAUUUUGCAAGACUUUGAAGGAUGUGGAAGGUUUGGGCCAAAAUUAUCCCACACAUACAUACAUAUAGAUAGGGUCGAUAGCAACAUUUUUUAGCUCUGAUACACGUUAAUAAUGUACAUGUAGUAUUGGAAUGGACAAUCACUAAUCUUUAAUGUUUAAGAAUCUUGUGAUGUCAUUGUCGCGGGUAUUCCUCUAGUGGAGCAGCCCCUGGGGCGUCACCAAAAACCGCCUGUUGGAGUUGACACUGAUGAAUGAAUCGAGCCUUCUAUCCUCCGGUCGCCACGCCAUUUCCCACGGCCGUCUGGCUUCUCCCUCAGCAAAUUGUCUGUCCUCUCGCUAGUAUGCCUGUGAGCCUGUAUCACACAUUCCUCCAUUUCUGAUCGUUCUGAGUUGCCCCAAGACUUGGUUUGUGAGAGAUGUUGCCGAAUAAGCACUUCAGUGGGCCUCUCGUGCAGAAUGAAAAGUGUUUACUUCAAUGGCUAUCCAAACUUGGAGGAAAGUUGCUAUGGACCCACUGAACUGAGGUUUGGACCAAAGAGGCAGCACCGGUUCAGCAGCAGACCAUGUUUCUGCCCAGGGUUAUGUGGGUUCCCAAAGGACAGGGGAGGAGUAUCACUCAGCCAGGAUUCUCUGAGAGGCUGGAAAUAGAUGGAGUAAAAGAGUCACAGAAGGAGAGUGCUGGGGAACUUGAAUACUGCACCAAGAAGAAAGACGUCCGACCUGUUGUUGAACCACUGGUUGAACCCGUCAGGAAGAAAGUGAAGUUAGCCAAAGCAGAACUUCAGUAUUUGCCCAUAAAUGCUGUGCCUAUAUGUGUAAAGGCUGGUGUGUCUUCAGAACCAAAGUGCAGUAGUGAAGGAAAUGUGAAAGAUGCAGGGAGCACCCCUUUGGAUGUUCCAGAAACAUCUGGAAAAACCUGCAGUGUUGGCCAGUCAGGAGAGGAAAAUGUUAAAUCCCCAAAUCAUGUUGCCAAAAUAGGCAGGAAGGACUCACAGAUGGAACAAAAUGAUGUGUAUCAUGCAAGGACUUUUACUGUAGUCAUUAACAAGCCAUAUGUUGACAUCAUGUCCAAGGCAAAUCCAUCCCCUUUAAGAAGCCCUCACUUAGUGAAAACAAGGCACCAAUGUGGAAAAAAACCUGUGCACUACACUCCAAUAAGGAGGGGACAGCAUCUCGCAAGUACUUGGCGCAAACUCCACGGUGAAGAGAAAACAGACCAAAACAACAGAAGCCUGUUGUCAGCAAGGUUCGCUAAACUGAGGAACAAAAACGCACCGAAGGAACAGACUGUUGCCAACAAUUCUCCAGAAAAAACACCAACAAGCGGCAUCCCUGUUCCACCAGUGCAUGAGUGGUUAAGUAGCUUCUUUGGGACGAGUAUCAGCUAUGGAAGUAGCCACAGUGACACCGGUGGAAGCACAGAUGAUGACAGUAGUUUUGUGAAGCUUCGUUCCAUGCUAAAAGCUUUGCAGACUGGCAACAUUGAUCAGCUGAAGGCUGGAGAUGGAGGGGACCUAGUAGAAGAGGAUGAUGAUAUGAAGGAUUUCAAUUUGGAGAAUAGCAGCUCUAACGAGGAUGAUGAAGAGUAUUAUGAUGAUGAUAUCUUUGCACAUUUGGAAGAGGAUCAGGAAGAGGACAUGGACACAUCCUGCACAGAUGUGACCUUGCAAGAGAGUAACUCUAUGGCAGAGGUCAGCGAUGAUGGCCGAAAUGAUGUCAAGAAACAUCCAAAGAAUGUUUGGGGUAUACUAGACAUGAAACAUAACAACAACAAUAACAACAACGUGGAAAAUUCUGGGGGAAGAUCCAGCCCUGUAGUGGAAAGCUGGCUCCAGGCAACGUACAAAGGGGGGAAGAACAUGAAACUUAGCGAGGAGGAAAUCCCAACAAGCUGUGCUGAGGAUAUGGAGCUGAUCGACUGGAAACAGCUCAUGUGUUUGCUCUGCAAGAGAAAGUUCAACUGCAAGGAGGCGCUGCUGAGUCAUCAACAGUUCUCCAAUCUUCACCAGUCCAACCUGGAGUUCAAGAGAAGAGCUCUGGAGGAGGAGCUGAAGGUUUUGGAGAUGGAGCUAGACCCUUCUUCAUCAUCAUCAGUCUUUUCCUGCACAUGAAACUGCAAAGAUGGAAAACAAAAGGAAAGCAGUUUGAACAACUUGGUGGAAAAGAAAUAAUUGUACCUAUUGAAAAUUGUCAGGAGAGUAGCCUGUGAUCAUACAACCUCUUGUUACUAGUAUUAAAUUGAUCCCCUCUUGGGGGUGGGGGUGCAGCUGUGAGGCAGGCCGGCUGCUGGGAGUGCAAGUUAUUUUAGUCAUGCUAGUCAGGAGAGCUGAUGUCUAGCUUUAGAAAUGUAACCCUGUUUGUUGCUUUCACCAUGGAGGUAGAAUUGCUCUGCUAACCCUUUCACUUCUUUCACCAUGAGUUACAAUGGCAUAUGAUAACUGUAUGAAUGCCCUCUCUCAUUUAGCUCUACAAGUGCCUAGGCCUAAUGGACCUUGCCACUGGGAAGGCUGGCCAUUGUCUAGUUCAAUGUGACAUUGUUGUUACAGUAGUUUGCAUUUAUGUUUUUUGUUGUGUAGGUUUACAUUAGUUAGAGUACAUGUUUAUUAUAGCAUGUCUUGAGGUGGAAGGAUGCCUACUAUAGCAUUGCAUUACUAAGAGCAGUGGCCUUACAAUAUGUAGAUUGCAUUGAUAAAUAAAGAUUAAUCUCUUCUG